CCAGACCCCACAAGCUCCAGAAGAGGUGUAGAGGCCGUGAGCUGUGAUCCGCCAUGGCCAGGGCGCACCCCCCCACCACCGCCCCCUCGGCCGCGCCCGCCGCCACCACCACUGUCACGGCCACCGUGGUGCUGACGGCGGCCGCCCUGGACCUGCGGGACUGGCUGUUCCUGUGCUACGGCCUCAUCGCCUUCCUGACGGAGGCCAUCGACAGCACCACCUGCCCAGCCGUGUGCCGCUGCGACCGCGGCUUCAUCUACUGCAACGACCGCGGCCUCACCUCCAUCCCCGCCGACAUUCCCGACGACGCCACCACCCUGUUCCUGCAGAACAACCGCAUCGGCAACGCGGGCAUCCCCCGGGCGCUGCAGACCAAGCUGCGGGUGCGGGUCGUGUACCUGUACCAGAACGCGCUGGACGAGUUCCCCGCCAACCUGCCGCGCUCGCUGCGGGAGCUGCACCUUCAGGACAACAACGUGCGCACCCUGGCCCGCGCCGCCCUGGCCCGCCUGCCCCUGCUGGAGAAGCUGCACCUGGACGACAACUCCGUGUCCACCGUGAGCAUCGAGGACGACGCCUUCGCCGACAGCCGCCGCCUCCGGCUGCUCUUCCUCAGCCGUAACCACCUGAGCAGCGUCCCGGCCGGGCUGCCCCACACGCUGGAGGAGCUGCGGCUGGACGACAACCGCAUCUCCACCAUCCCGCUGCACGCCUUCCGCGGGCUGGGCAGCCUGCGGCGCCUGGUGCUGGACGGCAACCUGCUGGCCAACCAGCGCAUCGCCGACGACACCUUCAGCCGCCUGCAGAACCUCACGGAGCUGUCGCUGGUGCGCAACUCGCUGGCCGCGCCCCCCCUGCGCCUGCCCAGCGCCCGGCUGCAGAGGCUCUUCCUGCAGGACAACGCCAUCAGCCACGUGCCCGCCGAUGCCCUGGCCCGCAUGCGGGCGCUCGAGCGGCUGGACCUGUCCAACAACAACCUGACCACGCUGCCCCGCGGCCUCUUCGACGACCUGGACAGCCUGGCGCAGCUCCUGCUGCGGAACAACCCCUGGUUCUGCGGCUGCGGCCUCCUCUGGCUGAGGGACUGGGUGAGGGCGCGGGCCGCCGAGGUCAACGUGCGGGGCCUCAUGUGCCAGGGCCCCGAAAGGGUGCGGGGCAUGGCCAUCAAGGACAUCACCGGCGAGAUGGACGAGUGCCUGGAGCCGGGCGCCGGAGCCGGAGCCGGAGGGGGCGGGGGCGGGGGCGCCCCCAAGACCACAGCCGGCAGCCAGGCCUCGGCCACCACCCCGCAGGGCUCCCUCUUCACCCUCAAGGCCAGGAGGCCCGGCCUGCCGCUGCCCGACUCCGGCCUGGACUACCCGCUGGCCACGGGCGGCGGUGGCGGCGGUGGAGGCGGCGGUGCCAAGACCCUGGCCAUCCACGUGAAGCCCCUGACGGCCGACUCCAUCCGCAUCACGUGGAAGGCCGCCCUGCCCGCAGCCUCGUUCCGUCUUAGUUGGCUGCGCCUGGGCCACAGCCCGGCCGUAGGCUCCAUCACGGAGACGCUGGUGCAGGGCGACAAGACGGAGUACCUGCUCACAGCGCUGGAGCCCAAGUCCACCUAUGUCAUCUGCAUGGUCACCAUGGAAACGGGCUACCCGGAUGCCGCCGCCACCGAGACGCCGGUGUGCGCCAAGGCCCAGACGGCCGACAGCUACGGCCCCACCACCGCGCUCAACCAGGAGCAGAACGUCGACCCCCUGGCCGGCCUGCCCCUGGCGGGCAUCAUCGGGGGCGCCGUGGCCCUGGUCUUCCUCUUCCUGGUGCUGGGGGCCAUCUGCUGGUACGUGCACCGUGCCGGCGAGCUGCUGAGCCGGGAGCGCGCCUACAACCGGGCCGGCAGGAAAAAGGACGACUACAUGGAAUCGGGCACCAAGAAGGAUAACUCCAUCCUGGAGAUCCGCGGCCCCGGGCUGCAGAUGCUGCCCGUCAACCCUUACCACCACAGCAAGGAGGAGUACGUGGUCCACACCAUCUUCCCCUCCUCCAACGGCAGCAGCUUGUGCAAGGGCAGCCACGCCAUCGGCUACGGCACCACGCGGGGCUACCGGGACGCCGGCAUCCCGGACGUCGACUACUCCUACACCUGACGCCCCCCGCCUCGCCACCGGCUCCCCGAGCCCCCCACCCCUGGCGUAGCUGCGAGUGGCGUGGCACCCCCUCUGCCCGCCUGCUGCCGCUGACCCCACAGAGUCUGGGAGAGGACAGCUGGCCUGCAGCCCUCCCCAGUCGGAAGCCAAGUUCGGGGAGGGUCAGUUCUGUAGAACACAAGAGUGGAAAACAGACAACGUCAACAACGUUUUUUGUUUUUUUUUUUAAA